AUGAGUAUCUAUGCAGACUUUUGGGAGGCCAACCGGCUUGCACUUAAAGAACCCCAUCUGGUUUUAGCAGCCAGCACACACAUCUUACUGUUCAUUCGAGCUGCAAUUUCUGGCCACGCUCAAUCUCUGUCGCAAUUCACUCAGUGGUACGCCUCGUACGGCCGUGGCCCCCUUGACGAUCUGAAAGUACCCAUUGCGCAAAGCACCUUACAAAAGGUCCAACGCUUUCGAGAAAUGCGUCUACAAGAAAUAUUCGACGCCAUUUACAGGACUUUAGAGCUGAUCUCUUCUCCUAAUACAGUGGGAAGCCCUUGCUCAAGAGUCUGUGUUGAAAGAACAAUGGGACAACUCUGCCUACCCUUGGCACGCACAAACUUGCUGCAUCAAAAGCCCCAGUCCCCCUUUCUUGGCCACUCUGUCAAACAGCUCUCUGAUGGGUUUCAAGGGACCCGUGGGCUGAAUUCAAACAACUACGGAGACAUCGUGUUGCCGUCACAGCUAGAUGGUACUGGCCUUUCCCAGGCCUGCAAGUCACCUCACUGCCAAUGCCUGACCCUCCUACACAGCACAAUCGGUAAAGUCAAUAAUCAGAUCAAGAACUACAACUGGGCUGCGGAAUGA